AUGCCGGUCCUUGAGAACAGCGAGGUGCAGGGCCAAGAGCGGACCCAUACGAACGGAGAGCAUGAUUUGGAGACGGACGUGUUGAUUGUAGGUGGCGGAUUCGGCGGCGUCUACGCGCUGUGGAAGCUUCGCCAGCUGGGCCUCAAGACGAAACUGUUCGAGGCUGGCGCCGAGUUUGGUGGCACAUGGCAUUGGAAUAGCUACCCAGGGGCCCGCGUGGACUCGGAAAUGCCGUUUUAUGCCUUGUCCAUUCCCGAAGUGUGGAAGACCUGGAACUGGACCGAACGCUUUCCGUCGCACGACGAGCUCAAGCUGUACUUUAGGCAUGUGGACAAGGUCUUGGAUCUCAGCAAGGACGCCUACUUCCACACCAUUGUGACCGAGGCCAAAUAUGACAGGUCGAAGAAGCAGUGGGUGGUCAAGACCAGAGACGGCCGGACCGCCCGAUGCAAGUACUUGGUGCUCGCGACCGGCUCGUCGUACCGGAAGCACAUCCCCGCCUUCAAAGGCCUGGACAAAUUCAAAGGCCAGCUGGUGCAUGCGGCGGACUGGCCGAACGAGGGGCUCGACGUGAAAGGAAAGCGGGUGGGCAUCAUCGGGAACGGGGCCACGGGCGUGCAGCUGAUCCAAGAAAUGGGAAAGCAAGACGCCGACGUGUCGGUCUUCAUCCGCACUCCCAUCGUGGCGCUGCCGAUGCGCCAGCGGAAGCUCAGCGUGGAAGAGCAGGAAACGAGCAAGAUGACGUACGGAUUCCUGUACGACGGCGCCCGGAACAGCAGGGCGGGCUUCCCGUUCAAGCCGCACACCAAAGGCUUCUGGGAAUCGACGCCGGAGGAGCGGAGAAAACUGAUGGAGGAAGGCUGGUCGCGUGGAGGCUUCGCCUUCAACCAAGGCACCUACCGGGAUUUCAUCUUCGACAAGGAGGCCAACAAGGAGUUCUACCAGUUCUGGGCUGACAAGGUCCGGCAACGGAUCAAGGAUCCCGUCAAAGCCCAGAUUGCCGCUCCAAUCCCCCAGAAGAAGUGGUUUGCCACCAAGAGACCCAGCUUGGAACAGGACUACUACGAUGUGAUCAAUCGGGACAACGUCAAACUGGUCGACCUGAACGCGACGCCCAUCACCGAGUUCCAGGAAGGAGGGAUCGCCACUACCGACGGGCUCCACGAACUCGACAUCGUCCUACUCGCCACGGGCUACGACGCCGUCACCGGCAGCCUGCUCGACAUGGGGCUGGAAGACAAAAAUGGCGUGUCUCUCCGCGAGAAGUGGAAGAACGGGGUGAGGACGUAUCUGGGUCUGAUGAUCCCUGACAUGCCCAACCUGUUCAUGGUGUACAGCCCACAAGCCCCGACGUCCUUUUCCAAUGGCCCGCCUAUUAUCGAGAUCCAAGUCGACUGGAUCGCCAGUGCCCUGGAGAAGUUCCGCAGCGAGGGCAUCGUGGCGAUCGACGCCCCGGAGGCGUCCGCGGAGGAGUGGUACGAUGAAGUCAAGAAGAUCGGGGACAAGACGUUGUAUCCCUUGGCCGAUUCGUGGUACAUGGGAGCUAACGUGCCCGGCAAGCCGAGAGAGCUGUUACUGUACCUGGGCGGCGUGAAUGUCUAUGGUAAGACCAUCAAUGCGGCUUUGGAUUCCUGGAAAGGAUUCACGGUGGAACGAGGGACGAGGGACGAUUGA